AUGUCCCUGCGUUCGUUGCGGUCUAGAGACCUUUUGCAUUUCACUCCCACACACUGGGCAUUGUGCUACCCUCAACCUUCACCCCAGGCCACCAAUCAAUAUUCUUCGAAACUGUCUCUCGAUUUCAGAACUCGCUCGAAGUUCUCUACCCUCCUCUCAUCGCGUUCAAAAUCAUUCAAGCUGUCUCGCGCAAACAAAAAACCGAAGCGUGCGUCUGACGCCGCGGACUCCAAUUACCUGUCCAACACCCCACAGUAUGCGAUUUCGGCAUACAAUGCAGUGAAUAUGGGCUCUGGAUCAUCACCAAUGGGUCAGGGUGGUCCGUCACCAACCCCGUAUAACUCCUGGAACCCUUCAUCGUCAAGAAAUGUGUAUCCCAGUGUGGAGCAUGCGGAUUAUCCUAUACAAGCCAAUCCCCCACUACACUGGGCUCCGUCGCCAGCCACAAGUUCGACAGGUGGCCAACGUCAAAAUGCACAGAACAAUUCGCCUCGCGCUCAUCAGUCUCGAGCCAACCGCAAGCGCAUGCCGCAUCUCCAACCCCCAAUACCGUCAAGGCCAGACCAAGUCCCCCACAACCCGUUCAACGGUCUACCACAGAACAUGAUGGACAUGAACAAUUUCUUUGCCAUGGCACAAAGCAUGCCCUGGAUGGGCCAGGGUCUCGACGGCGCAGCAACUCCCUUCUUCCCUCCUCCUAUGAAUCCUGCGCUUUCUUACCAGAGUGUUCGGCCGAUGAGCACCAUGGCUGGACUCCCACAACAACCGAUCAUACAACUACCCGACUCUCGAACAAAAAGAUUGCCAAGCAGAGAAUCCACGCCACCUGUUAAAGUCCCGGCUCCGACACAGGCAUACAUGCAGCAAUCAUCACAGGAGCCGCAGCAGUCUUCUUCCAAGCGUCCACUCCUUAUCAUCCUCGAUCUCAAUGGCACUCUCAUCUUCCGGAAAAAGCGAGUUUUCCCGCCGAAGUUUGCUAGACGCGCUGGUCUGGACCAAUUCCUUGCCUCGCUGAUCAAGAAUUACUCCGUCAUGAUCUGGUCGAGUUCUCAACCGCCGACAGUGAAUGCAGUCUGUGAGAAGCUAUUCCCAGGCGCCAUGCACGACAAGGUAGUCGCAUUAUGGGGGCGUGAUAAAUUCGGCCUCACCCAGCGCCAAUACAACAACAAACUACAGGUCUACAAACAACUCCACAAAGUAUGGGAAAACCCCAGCAUCCAGGCUGCGUUCCCAGGCAACGAAAGUCUACGCGAUGUCCCAUCCGCACCAGCUUCUACUAAUCGAAGAGCUAUGGUGCAAAAGGCAUCCGUCCAGCAAAAGGCACAGGCCGACACAAAGAACCUCCAACCCGGGCACAGAUGGGACCAAACAAACACCAUCUUGAUCGAUGACAGCAAGCUUAAAGCCCUCAGCGAGCCGUUCAACAUCCUCGAGAUCCCAGAGUUCACCAACGACCCCAAAAUCGACGAGUCAACUCUGUUCGCGAAGAUCCUCCACCGCCUCGACAUCCUCUCCCACCAUGAUGACGUGAGCAAGGUCCUCCGCGUAUGGAACGAGCGCGUCGACAAAAGCGAAGGCAGUAUCCUCGAUCUGGACCUUGGUCCCAUGGAAGACCUCGAUCUAGAAGAUGGCGGAAUGACUCUUCCCACUGAGCCUAGCGCCAGUGCCAGUACCAGUACCGAUACCACUGCUCCCCGCAACAAGAACCAGCCGCAAACGCAAACAGAAGAGGAAAAACAAGAGCAAAAGGCUGCUACCCGGAAAGCAAAGAAACAACGUCAAAAAGCUCGCAAGGCCCAGACACAGGCGACGAAAGAUCUAAAGGCUGCUGCUGAGGUUGCUGCCGAAAUCGCCGACCUGGAUAUUGAUCAGAAUGCUUCUGCUGUCACUGCUACUACUGGUUCGAAUGAAAAGCAAUGUGCUCCUCGUCAGCACAAGUACAGUAUCCGGCAAGGCAAGCAAAAUGCCAUGUUCCAAGACUUGCCGGAUAUUGUCGAUGGUGCUAUGGACUCUGUUGCCCCAGAAACCUCUUCUACCUCUGCUUCUACUGCCACUGUUACGGCCGAGAUGGAUUCAAGCAUUACUGAAGCUGGUGAGUCGAGAUCACACACUGAAACCGGAGCGGGUGAUGAGGAUGCGGAUACAGCCACACGGGGUUCUGAACCGGAGUAUCAGCCUCGAUCACCGUCGCCAGUUACUUCGGUUGCUUCGGAGAACUCUCUUCUUGAUCGGCUUGAGGAAGGGCUUGGGAUGUCGAAGCGUUGA